AUGGAAGAAAAUCAGAAAUUGAGCCUGAGUCUGAACUACACCAUGGAAGAGAAUCUGAACCUAAGCCUGGGUCUGAACAACACCUUGGAAGAAAAUCAAAAACUGAGGCUGAGUCUGAACUACACCAUGGAAGAGAAUCUGAACCUGAGCCUGAGUCUGAACAACACCAUGGAAGAAAAUCAGAAAUUGAGCAGAAGACUAAACUACACCAUGGAAGAUAAUCAGAAAUUGAGCCUGAGUCUGAACUACACCAUGGAAGAUAAUCUGAAACUGAGCCGAAGACUCAACCACACCAAGGAAGAAAAUCAAAAACUGAGCCUGAGUCUGAGCUACUCCAUGGAAGAAAAUCAGAGACUGAGCCGAAGACUAAACCACACCAUGGAAGAUAAUCAGAAAUUGAGCCAGAGUCUGAACUUCACCGUGGAAGAAAAUCAAAAACUGAGGCUGAGUCUGAACUACACCAUGGAGGAGAAUCUGAACCUGAGCCUGAGUCUGAACAACACCAUGGAAGAAAAUCAGAAAUUGAGCAGAAGGCUAAACUACACCAUGGAAGAGAAUCUGAAUCUGAGCCAAAGAUUAAACCACACCAAGGAAGAAAAUCAAAAACUGAGGCUGAGUCUGAACUACACCAUGGAAGAGAAUCUGAACCUGAGCCUGAGUCUGAACAGCACCAAGGAAGAAAAUCAAAAACUGAGCCUGAGUCUGAGCUACUCCAUGGAAGAAAAUCAGAGACUGAGCCGAAGACUAAACCACACCAUGGCAGAAAAGUCACAGCUUCAAGUGCAGAUUGAGGAGAUGAAAAUCAUAUUGAAUUCUACUAUGGAAAACCGUGACUCUUUCAGAAAAGACAAAAUCAAAUAUCAACAGCUUUUGAUCAAUGAAAGGCAGACCUCAACUCAACUAAAAGCUGAAAAUCAACGUCAACAAUCAAUUCUGAUGUCGGAGAAACUAUCUUUCCUCUGGAGAUUCUGUGAUAAAGGCACCCUGCAAUGUUCACGCUGCCUUCCUGGUUGGGCUGAGCACGCCACACGCUGCUUCCAUUUGGCAUCACAACCAAUGAAGUGGGAAGAUGCUCGUAGGGAGUGUUUUAAUGAAGGUGCUGACCUGGCUGUUGUCUUGAAUGCUGCAGACCAGGCAUUUCUGACCAACAUGACUUUCCAGUUUACACAGCAGCAUCCAAAUGUACUGUUCCAUUCAGCAUGGAUCGGGUUGCAGGACAUGGUGCAGGAUAACAGAUUUGUGUGGGUAAAUGGUAUCAAGUCCAAGUCAGAUUUGAAGUUCUGGAUGCCUGGAGAGCCAAACAAUGCUGUGGCUCAAUGGGACAAAGACCGUGCAGGACAGGACUGUGUUGUCAUUGUCCCUCCAAAGACUGUUGGACAGAAAGGCUGGCUGAACUCCUGGGAUGAUAUUGUCUGUCGAGGCCAGCGGCACUACAUUUGUGAAACCAAAGCUCUUAUUUUGUCUGGAGUGAAAACUGAGGAAUGA